UUGUGUUGUGCAAGAAGAUAAAAUCUAAUAAACUCCCCAACUCCUUGUCGGCAUUUCACGUGGGGACCCUUUUUCAUUUUGGGUCCCAUUUUCAAGAAAACAAAAUAGCAUAAACUUCUUCUUCUUCCUUCAAACCUUACUACCUUAGUUUCUGUUUGUGUCGUUCUCUUUCUUGGUGCUUUCUCAAGGAAUCCAAGAAUUUCAGCAGAUUUCAUGUGAUAUGUUAGUAACUAUAGCUCCACAACUGUAAAGAAUGAUUCUUUGAUUACUGAUAACUCUCUCUUAUUCUUUUUUCUCUUUCUUUGUUGAAGCAAGAAAUUUGAAUUCUUUUCUCUAGGAUGGACCCAAGAACUCUUAUUGAUCAUGCACUUUUUCAGCUCACUCCCACCAGAACCAGAUGUGAUCUGGUGAUUUUUGCUGCUGGUGGUGCAAAUGAGAAAUUGGCAUCUGGGCUUUUAGAACCAUUUGUUUUACACUUAAAAACUGCUAAAGAUCAGAUAUCUAAAGGUGGGUAUUCCAUUUUACUUCGUCCUUUGCCUUCAAAUGCCUACUGGUUCACCAAGGCCACUCUCCAGAGAUUUGUGAGAUUUGUUAGCACUCCUGAAGUUCUUGAGAGAUUUGUGACAAUAGAGACAGAGUUAGAGCAGAUUGAGAGUUCAGUUCAAUCAAAUGAGCUGUCAAAUGCAGAUGCAGAAGGUGCAGGUGGAAAUUACCGAUCUGCCUCAUCUAAGUUCAAGGGCAACCAUGAUGGCAGCAGUGAUGCAGUACAAGAAGACAAUUCCAAGGUACACCUUCAACGUGCUUUAGAUUCGAGGAAAGCUAUGCUCCGCAAGGAGCAAGCAAUGGCAUAUGCUCGUGCUUUGGUUACUGGAUUUGAACUGGACUGUAUGAAUGAUCUCAUUUGCUUCGCUGAUGCUUUUGGAGCUUCACGUUUAAGGGAAGCAUGCCUAAAUUUCAUGGAUUUGUGCAAGAAAAAGAAUCAAGAUCGGCUCUGGAUGGAUGAAAUUGCAGCCAUGCAGGCAGCUAGGCUGGAGUUGCCUUACCUUGGAACUUCUGGAAUAGUGCUUGCUGGUGAAGAAAAUUAUCCUAACCAAAUUAGUGGUCUCUCUGUUGGGAAACAGAAUGGCUCAGUUGAUGCUGUUUCUGAAUCAAGCCUCGGAAGUGUAGACCUAAACCAAGAUAGUAGUUUGCAUGCAUCAAUGCAAGUGCAAUCUGUAGAUGGAAAAGCUCAAGUGUCCAUGCCAUGGCCAAAUAAUCUUCCUCAAUACAUGCAGAAUUUUCAAGGACCUAUAUAUCAACAAAUGCCCCCAUUGCAAGGCUAUAUUUAUCCUGGUAUGCAAGUUGCCCCUCCAUAUUUUCCAGGGAAUAUGCAAUGGCCUCCAAAAAUGGAUGAUGCUAGCCUUGCGCGCGAAUGGGAAUCAGAUGACCAUAGAAAGCACAAAUCGUCAUCUCGGAAAAAGAAAUCUUCACAAAGAAAGGAAGUGGAAACUUCCAAACAAGAUGAUUCCACUGAGCCUGGUGAUUCCAGCUCAGAGACGGAAUCAGAUGAAGAAUUCCAGAUUGGAGAAAAACAGUCUUUUGUUGAGCAGGUGCGCAGGAGGAAGCAUGGAAAGAAGUCCUCGAGAAAGGUUGUCAUCCGCAAUAUUAAUUACAUUACUUCUAAGAGAGAUGGAGAAGACAAGACAUCUGAUGAGGAUGAAUUCAUUGAUGGAGAAGUUCUCAAGCAGCAGGUGGAGGAAGCUGUUGGUUCAUUGGAGAGACGACAUAAGUCAGCUUCACGUAACCAUAAGAAAUCACAUCACAGUACAGUAGAUGUCUCAAAUGAUGAAGAUGGCAAAGUAGCUAUCAAGAAUCCCGAUGAACAAAAAGGAAAUGACCAGUGGGGUGCCUUUCAGAGUCUCCUUAUGCAGGACAAGGAUGACUCUUUUGAUACAGAACCACAACGUUUACCAGUUGAGGAGUAUUUUACAACUAAGAGCUCUGAGGAGGGAAGGUCGUUUACAUUAACCCUAGAAUCUGAGAAAUUAAGGAAGCAACGAGCAAUUUCAAACGAUUCCUUUCUUGCAACUAAGAUGGAAACUAUUAAUGAAGAUGAAUAUUGUCUUGAAAGCUUUGAAGAUGGUGAAAAUCUGAAGCCUAUUACAAAGAAAAGGGACAACACAUACGAAGAGAUGUUAUUUUCUCAGAGAUCUGGGGCAUCAGGAAACCGGCAAGCUACUAUUUCUGAUCACUCCACUGAAUCUCUCAUGAUCAAAACUCAAAAAGAAGGAGAUUGGCUCAUAAGCAACAGGCUAGAAAAGCCAGCAAACAAGGAUGAAAAUAUAAACCUUAGAACAUUUGAUGGUGAUUAUGCUUCUUCUUUGACUGAUGAUCACUUCCAAUUUGAGAGAAGUAAGAAGGAUGUUCUAGUUGAUGACUCAUUCAUGAUCCAAGCUCGACCGUUAGUAGAUGAUCAAUCUGAAUCUAUCUUAAGGACAGAUAUAAGCAUGGCUGCAGAUAUAAUUGAAGCUACUCAAUAUGAGAAGAAUGGCACCCUGGAGAUUUCACAUGAAAAGGCUGAAGUUGGUAACCAUGAACCAGAUGACCUUUACAUGGUACUUGGGCGGGACUCCGUACCUGAAAAUGCCAUGUCAUCUUGGUCCCCAGAAAUGGAUUAUGAGAAUGACCAUUUAUCUGCUGAAAUCAAUGGAAGACAUUCUGCUAUUGAAAUAAAUGGUGCUGAUAAGCCUCUUUCUAAUGAUAAGGGCACUAAUGGCAGAACUGGUGAACUUUCUGGUAAAGAAGCAAGGUCAAAAGUUUCAAAUGGAUCUCUUACAAAAAGCAAGUCUGAUUUGAUGUCAAGGACCAAGAAGCCAAAUACUGCAACCAGAACCACUCUUCAAAAAGGCAAAUCUUCCAAGGAAGAAGAGAACAGAAAGAGAAUGGAGGAAUAUAUGCUUCAACGGCAAAAGAGAAUUGCUGAAAGGAGCACUGCUGGCAAUAGUAUAGCAUCAAAGAGAAUACCAGCUAAGAGGCUAUCCACUGCAACUUCAUUAAAGAAUGAGGAGCCUAAAGUUCAAUCUUUAAGCCAAGAAACUAAGAAGGCAGUCUUUAGGAGUUCUACAAUUGAUCGUCUUGCUAUUGCUCGAACAACACCGAAGAUGGAAUCAGCUCUAUCAAAACUUGCCCAACCCAAAAAGGCUUCCAUAAAGGCAAAAAGUUUGUCACAAAAGACUGCUAGUGCAGAUAAUAAGAAACUAAGUCUGAACAAUGUGAAAGCUGAUGUCCCUCUAAAGAAGGAAGUCAAGGUGGCCGCAGCAGAGAAGCCUACAAAGGUACCUACACAAGCCUCUCAACCUACUGAGGCCCCUGAUGAAUUUAAAGAUAUUAAGGAGUUACACAGCAUUGCUUCGAUAGAGAAGAAUAGAGGAUCUAUAGUUUCAGAAAUAGAUGCUUCAAAUGAUAAGGCCUAUAAUGGUAGUUCGCUACAAAUUGACUCAUCUACAGAACAGGAUCACCUAAAAGGUAAUAAUGAGGAACUAUCUGUAGCAGUUCCCAUACCUCACAAAGACAUAAAAGCUUCUAAAGGUACUUUUGAAAUGAUGACAUAUCCUGUCCCAGAAUCUCCAAAUAAGGUCUUAAACUUUUCUGCUGUGAAUACCAUAGAGAACAGUGCGAGAAGUGAAAAUCUUCCUUCACCCAAAAAGUCUGAGAUAGAAAUAUCAACUCCACCACCUGUUCAAAUAAGCCCAGAAACAAUCCACUCAAGGAAGAAGUGGAACAGCGAUGAAACCUCUCCUAAAGCUGCUAAAGUGUUUAGAAAGCUUCUUUUGUUUGGAAAGAAAAGCCGAACCUCUACUGUGCAUUGAUCUCGCUGGACUUCCUAAAGCUUAUUCCAUUCGGGAGUUUGACUGAGCAAAUUGAGGUUCUUGGUGGUGUAGCUAAGGCAUCAAAAGAAAAAGAAGAAGAAGAAAAUACAAAAAAAGAAGAAAAGGAGGCAGCUCCCACACCCAAUUAGGCCUUUGUUGUUGAUGCCAUAUGAGAAGCACAUUUUGUAAGUUAUCCAAGUUUGGUAUUGCUUAGGGUGAGAGUGUAAAGAACUGGAGUUUGUAUUUGUUAUAUUUUCUUGUAUCUAUGUUGAUAUAAACUGAAACUCAUUUUCUGUUUCACUGAGAUUUCUGCUUGUAUAUGUAUCAGAACAUCUUGUAAUUGAGUUGUUGUAAGUUUGUUCGGAUGCAUUCAAUUUUUUCCUUAACAUUCAAUGAAGAAUGAAUGGUUCACAAGUUGAGAAA